GAAAUUCUACAAAGUUGUUUGUUUGAAACAAUUUUUAUGUGUAGUCUGACUAUAAAAGUAUAAAAAUAGACAAUAAAUUUAAGUGAAAAUUGUUAUGGCUGCUGUGGAACAAAAAAGUUAGCACGUGAGCCCCUGGAUAAGUCGCAUUCUCAUCAUAAAGAGAUCUCUCUUUUAAGAACUCUCAGUCAGACGUUUUGAAACUAUUGUUACCUCUAUGGCGAUGCUGAUUUAUAAUUUGAAGAGUUUUUGAAAUAGCAUCUUUGUGUAUAAAUGUCCCGUAAUUAUUCGGAUAGAUUUUCUGUACAUUUAACUUUUUUCCUACUCAUACUUUAAUGUUAAAACUCUUGUGAUUAUUGAACAUCCCAUUAUUUGCAGUGGAUAUUACAAUAUUUGAAGGACAGAGUGCGACAAUCCAAAGCAAAUAUGUAUAGUUUUUUUCACACAUCGAUUAGCAUAUAAAUUACAAGACUCCCCGAAAUUGUCAGUCAUUACUGUUGCAACCAGAUCAAGAGGCAGAUGGGUUGACUGCCAAGCUAAGGAAGAUGCAAAACGUUUUUGAUAGUGGAAAAGUGCCCUACGAGGCUGCUCCCAUCCCACAACCAAGAUCUUUGGACAAAAGUAUUAUGUUCUAUCUUGGGGUGGUGAAAGAUGUUAUAAUUGUGCUAGUGGUGGGCAUUCCAAUGCUCUUUCUUAAGUUAUUGAAAAAUUUACUGCUCAGUAGUGAAAAGAAUGUGGCGGGUCAAUUGGCCCUUAUAACUGGUGGUGCAAAUGGGAUUGGUAGGGAGAUUGCUCUAAAGUUAGCAGAGAAAAAAUGCAAUCUUGCAAUUGCGGAUGUGGAUUGUGAAGCUGGUAAAGAAACGGUGAAAGAUUGUUUGGCACUUGGAGUUAAGGCAAAGUUUUUUGAGGCAGAUGUAGGUGACAGCGAUCAAGUGAUAUCCCUAAGAAAGACCAUCGAAACAGAAAUGGGAAAUGUGGAUAUCUUAGUUAACAAUGCUGGAUUAAUGCCAAUUCUUUCACUUCGGGAGGGUACAGCUCCGGAGAUCGAAAAGAUAGUUCAAACAAAUUUUCUCUCAAACAUCUGGACAUGCCGAGCUUUCCUCAAAGGGAUGAUAGAAAGGAAAAAGGGCCAUGUCGUUUGUAUUGCAUCAGCAUCGACAAUUCAUCCCAUGCCAGGAGCAACUAUUUAUACGGGCACAAAAUGGGGAGUUGCUGGUCUUAUGGCAGCUCUAGAGGAGGAAUUACGCGGUGAAGGACAUGGGAAUUAUUUGAAAUUUACAACGGUUUAUCCUUACUUUGUUUCUACAAGAAAAGAUCUUAUGAAAUCUAUAAAUCUUCGUUUUCCUGCAAUUACUGCCCAAGAGACAGCAAAAGUAGCUGUUGCUGCUAUGUUAAAAAAUGAAAAAGAUGUUGCAGUUCCAACAUAUUUAUACUUUCUUUCGAAAUUCUCAAAAAAUUUUACGGCCGAAGUGCAGCAAUUGAUUCGUGAUAAAAUAUUUCGGGAACGUGAUGUGCUUGUACGAAGGUACAAAGAGAGCAAAUAAAUACAUAGUUAUCCGUUCAACAAAUUAAAAGUGUCCCAAAAAAAUCCAAAUGUACCAGCAAAUGAUCCUACUGCAAAUGGUGGCUUAGGAUUUGUCCGCAAAAAGUAGAGUCCUCUUGCUUCGUGUGGUGCAGCAUCUCCCAUCCUUAUCAUAUCUGUGAGAUUGUAGUCACCUUUCACAUAAUUAGACCACGAUGAGGAGGGAUAACUGAAGAAAUUAGUAUUCAGAAUUGAUUCCGCAAACAAAUGAUGUGCUCUACCAUGACUACAAGCCACUGCAAGAGGAACAUAUGUAUUUUUUAAUGUUAAAAAAGCUCUUGGGCUUUUUCUUUUGUUUGUAAUUCUAAAGGUGUAAAUAGGAAAAAUAUAUAUUUAUAUAUAUGUAUGUA